AUGACGCAAUAUACAACCCAGUUGUCGUAUGCGACAAUCGCUGAGGUAGUGAACGAGGAGGUUAUGAUCAUGCCUAUGAUAGAGACAACCGACGGUGUCGAGAAUGUUGAGGCCAUUGCAGCUGUAUCUGGCAUCGACGCACUUUUGAUUGGCUGUGCAGAUCUGUGUAUGGAGCUUGGAAUUCCUGGACAAUAUGACUCUGAGCUCUUUCACUCAACUGUUGCGCGCAUUGCCGCAGCCGCGGAGAAAGCCAGCCACAGUGACAGUCAAGUCUUUGUAGGACUUGGUGGUUUGGAGCCACGUCCUGACUUGUUAGAAACAUUUGCGAAGCGCCAUAACUCUAUAAGGUUCGCCAUGGCCGGACGGGAUCUGGCACUCUUGCUGGCGGGCAUGGCUAAACAAGCUGCCUCGAUGAAUGAAAUAUCGACAAGAUUGUAG